AGGCGGCGGGGCGAGGAGCGGCGCGCGCGGGCCGCGGCUGAGCAGGAGGCUGCUAGGAGAGCCUGCGGGGGCCCGAGGGAUACGAUUCCUCCGCCCCGCAAAACAAUGUGUAGCGUGCAGCGGGGGGCAACUUGCGGGAGGUGGCGGGGGCGCGCCGAGCCCGCCUGAGACGGAGCCACUGACCUUCUCCCCCCGCCGUCCGUUGGGCCCGAGCGCGCAGCUCCUCGCUCCCCAGCUCUCGGGGGCCGGGCCGAGCUGUGGGGCGGGGCCGCCCCUCGGUCGCUGCUGCCUCCUCCCCCACCCCCAGCCGCGGAGGAUGCGGACGGCCCCCGGCGGCGUCUAGCGGCCCCGGGCCCAGGCGCGAUGGUGCAGCAGCGGGGCACGCGGGCCAAGCGGGACGGCGGGCCGCCGCCCCCGGGGCCCGGGCCGGCCGAGGAAGGGGCACGUGAACCCGGCUGGUGCAAGACCCCGAGCGGCCACAUUAAGAGACCGAUGAAUGCGUUCAUGGUGUGGUCACAGCACGAACGGCGGAAGAUCAUGGACCAGUGGCCCGACAUGCACAACGCCGAGAUCUCCAAGCGCCUGGGCCGCCGCUGGCAGCUGCUGCAGGACUCGGAGAAGAUCCCGUUCGUGCGGGAGGCGGAGCGGCUGCGCCUCAAGCACAUGGCGGAUUACCCGGACUACAAGUACCGGCCGCGCAAAAAGAGCAAGGGGGCGCCAGCCAAGGCGCGGCCCCGCCCCCCCGGCGGCGGUGGCGGUGGCGGCGGUGGCAGCCGGCUCAAGCCCGGGCCGCAGCUGCCUGGCCGCGGGAGCCGCCGAGCGGCGGGAGGGCCUUUGGGGGGCGGCGCAGCGGCGCCCGAGGACGACGAUGAGGACGACGACGAGGAGCUGCUAGAAGUGCGCCUGGUCGAGACCCCUGGGCGGGAGCUGUGGAAGAUGGUCCCGGCGGGGCGGGCUGCCCGGGGACCAGCGGAGCGCGCCCAGGGGCCGUCGGGCGAGGGGGCGGCUGUCACUACCGCCUCUCCGACUCCGUCGGAGGAUGAGGAACCUGAGGAAGAGGAGGAGGAGGUGGCGGCAGCGGAGGAAGGUGAAGAGGAGACGGUGGCAUCGGGAGAGGAACCGCUGGGCUUUCUGUCCAGACUGCCCCCGGGCCCAGCCGGCCUGGACUGCAGCGCCCUGGACCGCGACCCGGACCUGCAGCCUCCCUCGGGCACGUCGCACUUCGAGUUCCCGGACUACUGCACCCCCGAGGUUACCGAGAUGAUCGCGGGGGACUGGCGCCCGUCUAGCAUCGCCGACCUGGUUUUCACCUACUGAGCCCACCGUCAGCGGGGCGCGCAAGCCCCCAAAUCAGCUGUUUACAUACAGGAAUCAGGUAUUGGGGCCCCUCGGAGGCCGAGGCUGGCACCCCAUCUCCCACGCAGCCUCCCCCCUCCUAGACGUGCCCAUCCCCCUUGAAUCCAGACAUGCCCCUCCCCCGCAGACACACCCCAAGACCUCCCAACCCCCACCCUUUCCCUGACAUCCAAGCCCCUCCCCGUCCUGCCCCCUCCUGCACAGCCACCAGCAGUCAGCCCCCCUCCGAUACACCUCCCGUCCUUUCCUACAGACCUGUGCCCCUCCCCCACUAUGCACUUGCCCCUCCUCGAGGCCGGAGGACACGCCCCUGCCCUUGCUCCAGGAUCCCUCCGCCUUCAUUUAUCCCGCCUCCUCUCUUGUUUAAGGGGGCGCUGGGGCCCAGCUGCCCUGCGCGCUCCUCCCCGGCUCCUCCCCUCCCAAGGCGGGGGGAGGGGCGCGCUCCUGUUACUCCGGGAGCACUGGGAGCCGCCCCCUUCUCGCGCAUGCUUAAUGCUUAUUAGGAGGAGGGGGCUGGUCCCCCUGGCUUGCUCCGGGGAGAAGCGGGUUGGUUAUAGAGCUACCCUGAGAAAUAUUUUGAUCCGGGAGCUGCGGCUUCCUUUCAACCUGACAGGGUGUCACUGCCUUAAUGGGAGGGACACUCAGAGGGGGAGAAAGGGUCUAGCUGGUCCGAAA